AUGGGUGACAGGGGAAUAAGCAAUCACUCAGAAGUGACUGACUUCAUUCUUGUAGGCUUCAAGGUCUGCCCAGAGGUCCACAUUCUCCUCUUCCUGUUCAUUCUAUUUGUAUAUGCCAUGGUCCUUCUAGGGAAUAUUGGGAUGAUGGCCGUUAUUAUGACUGAUUCCUGGCUGAACACACUGAUAUAUUUCUUCCUAGGCAACCUCUCCUUCACUGGCCUCUUCUAUUCAUCUGUUAUUGCACCCAAGGCCCUGAUCAACUUCUGGUCUAAGAGCAAGUCCAUCUCCUUUUCGGAUUGUGUGGCCCAGUUCUUUCUCUUUGCCUUGUUUAUUGUGACUGAAGGAUUUCUCCUGGCAGCUAUGCCUUAUGACCGCUUCAUUGCCAUCUGCAGCCCACUCUUGUACUCUGUCCAGAUGUCAACAUGUCUCUGCACUCAUUUGGUGGCUGGUUCCUAUUUUUGUGGCUGCAUCACCUCAGUUCUUCAGACCAGCAUGACAUUUACUUUAUCCUUUUGUUCUUCUCGGGCCAUUGACCACUUUUACUGUGAUGCUCGCCCACUUCAGAGACUAUCUUGUUCUGACCUCUUUAUGUAUAAAAUGAUUUCUUUUUUCUUAUCCAGCAUCAUUAUCUUGCCUACCACGAUAGUCAUUAUUAUUUCUUAUAUGUAUAUUGUGUCCACUGUUCCAAAGAUACACUCCACUGAGGGACGUAAGAAAGCCUUUUCUACUUGCAGCUCGCACCUCGGAGUCGUGAGUGUACUGUAUGGUGCUGUCUUUUUUAUGUAUCUCAUUCCUGACAGAUUUCCUGAGCUCAGUCAAGUGGUCUCCUUAUGUUAA